UCUUGUUUUCUGUUCUUUUGCUGGGAGCUGCAAGUCCCUUUGUUUUCCUCUCAAAUAAUCUCUCGUGUCUCUUCGUCUUUCUGAAAAAUGUCUUGUCUUCUCAUUGCAGACCAUGCCGUUGGGUUUGGCGGGAAGUAUGGCGUGCAGAAGGACCGUCAAGACAAGUCUGCCCUGGGUUGGUCCCACAAGGAAGAAGUCAAGCCCCAUGAAUCUCAAACAGACCAUGCCGUUGGGUUUGGUGGGAAGUAUGGCGUGCAGAAGGACCGUCAAGACAAGUCUGCCCUGGGAUGGGCCCACAAGGAAGAAGUCAAGCCCCAUGAAUCUCAAACAGACCAUUCUCAAGGCUUUGGAGGCCGUUAUGGGGUGCAGAAAGACAGAGUGGACAAGAGCGCUGCUGGUUUUGGUGACAUGGAAGCUCCCCUUUCCUCGUAUCAGAAGACAAAACCUGUGGAAGCUACUUCUGCUGGGAUGGGUAACUUGAGACAACGCUUUGAAAACAUGGCCAAGACAGCAGAGGAAGAGAAGAGGAAGAAGGCAGAAGAGGAACGAGCACGUUGCCAGGCCCGGGAACUUCAGGAAACCCAAGAGGAACGAGCACGUUGCCAGGCCCGGGAACUUCAGGAAACCCAAGAGAAGUCAAAGGUGAGGAUCUUGAGUCUUGACUAG